CGAUAACACAUAUACACAAGCCGGUGUUGCCACAUGCCAGCAACUUGCAACAGUCUGGCCACUUUUCGCGCCAUAUGUUCUUAGACGCAACGCGGUUAUUUGUUGACAAAGUGGAUUUCUGAAUUAAACCGAUUGGAAACGUAACAUGAGCGACACAAGUCAGCCCUUAGAUGAUUCAAAUGAAAAUGAGAAGCGUCCACAGUUUGGCACACGUCUGCUCAAGGAUAACGCCGACGUUUUUAAGCACAACGCCUGGUAAAUAUCUGCCACGAUGCUUUGCCAGCAAAACUUGGGAACACACUCGCCAGCGCAAGAAGCCGAGUGGCGCGGGUGAGCGUAUUCUCAGCGAUGCCCGUGAGGUGUUCGAGUUUAAUGCAUGGGACCACGUGGAAUGGGAUGCGGAGCAGGAGCUAGCCGCCCAGGCGGCUGUCGAGAAGAAUUCAACUGUUAAAAUGAGCGAAGAUCAGCGGGCACGCUUUCAAUUGGAUGCACCCAAGUUCUGGGACUCGUUCUAUGGCAUACACGAUAAUCGUUUCUUUAAAGACCGCCACUGGCUGUUCACGGAGUUUCCCGAACUGGCGCCCAUGGCGAACAACGAGCAUUCACAGCCGCGCAGCAUAUUCGAGCUGGGCUGCGGCGUGGGCAACACCAUUUUGCCCAUACUCCAAUACAGCACCGAAUCCCAGCUGCGGGUAUAUGGCUGUGACUUCUCGGAACGUGCCAUAGAAAUCCUGCGUAGUCAGCCGCAGUAUGAUGACAAACGCUGCGAGGUCUUUGUAAUGGAUGCCACGCAGGAGCAUUGGCAGGUGCCAUUCGAGGAGAACUCCCAGGACAUUAUCGUCAUGAUCUUUGUGCUGUCGGCCAUUGAGCCCUCCAAAAUGCAGCAUGUGCUGGAGAACUGCUAUCGCUAUCUCAAGCCUGGAGGUCUGCUCGUAUUUCGGGAUUACGGACGCUACGAUCUGGCGCAGUUGCGCUUCAAGAGCGGCAAAUGCCUGGAGGAUAAUUUCUAUGUGCGCGGCGAUGGCACCAUGGUAUAUUUCUUUACGGAACAAGAGCUGCGCAGCAUGUUGACCCAAGCCGGGCUGGUGGAGGAGCAGCUUUUAGUCGACAGGCGCUUACAGGUUAAUCGUGGACGUUGUCUCAAAAUGUACAGAGUAUGGAUACAGACAAAGUUUCGCAAGCCGCUGUAAAAUAGCAUUUAUAACCAGAUAUCAAACUAUCGCAUUUGUACUCGUUAGGACCAGAAGACGAAAGCUACUCGUUAGUUUUUACACACAGCACGAAGCUUUUGCAACUCGUCCUUAUUGGGCGAGCUUUUUCCCCAAAUACACAUAACAGUUAGGAAAGCUGCAAGUUUUCGCAGUUGGCUAAAAAACGUCGUAAGUGAAAAUUUUCUUUGUGCUGCGCAAAUGUAUAUAAUUUAUUAUUUAGUUACAUUUUAACACCAAAACAAUGUGUUGACACAGCCCAAAUGCAUAGACUUUGGCUUGCAAACAAAAGUUGCGAAAUAGUUCAAUUAAAGCUCCUAAAUUGACUUAUACCAAAAA